AUGGGACGGCUCCGCAAAUUGUCGCAAAGCCUGCAGAAGGCCACAUUCCACACCCAUUCCAGGGAGCCGUCAAGCUCAUCACCUCUGACACAGACCGACUCUUAUCGCCAACCUGUCAACGACUUUCCGUCAAAAGAACACCCUGGAGCUGUCAGAGAGCCUUCGAGUGGCGCUGUACCGCAGACCACUCCUACGCACCGUUCCCCUGGCGCGUCCCGCCCAAACUCGAUGCUCAUGCCACUACAAGCCAUGGAUUUGGGCAGGGAGUUGCAUAUUGAAGAGUUGCAACCAGUUUACUUGUCGAGCCACAGCAACAAGUUAUAUCAAGAAGGAUAUUUCCUCAAGCUAAACGACCUCGAUUCGAACGGCAAGCCGAAUGCGGAUCGGAACUGGACUGAAUGCUUUGCGCAACUUGUUGGCACUAUCUUAUCCCUGUGGGAUGCUGCUGCGCUGGAUGCCGCCGGUCAAGAUGGCGAAGUGGCUCCUACGUUCAUCAACCUGGCCGAUGCCUCAAUCAAAAUGAUUGAAACGCUCCCGACACGGAACCAGGACGUUCAGCCCCUGCAAAACGUUUUGUCAAUCUCGACCGCCGGAAAGAACCGAUACCUUCUACACUUUAACUCUAUACACUCAUUGACGCAAUGGACGGCUGGAAUUCGUCUGGCCAUGUUCGAGAACUCUUCCUUGCAGGAACUUUAUACCGGUUCCUUGAUUGCCGGAAAAGGCAAGCACCUCAAUAACAUCAAGUCGAUCAUGGAACGAGCAAAAUUCAGGCACGAGGACUGGGCGCGUGUCCGAUUUGGUGCCGGCACACCCUGGCGACGGUGCUGGUGCGUUAUCGAACCCCCUGAUGAGAAGGAAUGGCAGAGAGCGACCAAAUCCAUGAAGAAGAGGUCCGCAUACGAGCGUCCGUCGUAUCCAAAGGGAGACAUCAAGUUCUACGACACCAAGAAGACGAAGAAGGCGACACCCAUCGCGACCAUUACGGAUGCUUACGCAGCUUACGCUAUCUACCCUCAAGCGAAACCCUUGAUUGACCAAUCUACGUUGGUUAAAGUGGAAGGCAGGAUCACAAUUCAUUCCAACCCCGAAUCCAAGACCGAAGGCUUUGUCUUCGUGAUGCCCGAACUUCAUCCUGCCGUAUCCGGCUUUGAAAUGCUACUUCGUUGGCUAUUUCCGGUCUAUGAUACCUUUCACCUCUAUGGCCGACCAAAUCGACUGAUCGCGGAUACCCUUGAUGCACGAGGGCUUAUGUUCGCAAUGCCAAAACAGAGGCGAUACGGUUACUUGGACAUCAUGGAUGUAGCGUCCCUGAUCCAUACUGAUGGUAGUGGGAAAUGGCAAGAGCGAGAAUGGCGCAAACAAAUGAAGGAUCUGACAUCGCGAAGGAUCGCCAACAGCGGCCAAAACGGAUCCAGCCCGACGUCUGGCGCGCGAGCUGGCUUCUCGGCCAGUAUGAACUCUCGUCUAGGCGUUCAAUACUCAGAUGACUCAGCUACAACCUUGACCUCAACGCCGCCCAGCAGGGGUCAUGCACAUAGUAUGUCAACUACCGAUAUCAGGUAUUCGCCUCCCCCGCGAGCUCCGGCGGCGCCCGCGCAUUUACCAGCACAUAACUAUCACACGAGGGCCGCUUCUGAAUCCGUGGCUCUUUCCCCCCGGAAAAAUCCGCGGCAAAAUGGAUAUCAGUCUUCCAGGCUGUCCAUGGACAGAGACUCUCCGGAUGGCGAUGACAUCUCGCCUACGCCAGUUCCGCCCAGUCAUCGGCAAGUCUAUCGGACUGGUCGGCCGAGUCGCAGCAACAGCGAUCUAGUGGACAGUCGGGAGAGCUCUGACACAAGCCUGAAUCUCCAGCGAUCUCAAUCAUAUGCCGCAGAGGAUGUCAACCAAGCCAUGCAGCAGCUUAAGCCUCCUGGACCAGUCGCUGCGCCACCCACCUUCCAACAUCAACCUACAGAGCAGCCUCGAAGACGCCCUGACACGCGACCUGAACUCCGCCGCGAGAAGAGUCGCAUGUCAAACGCCACUCUCGAGCAGAUAGCUGAUGUCAACAAGCUGAGAGAGGUCAACACUGCAGGCGCUGCGGCUGCUGCUGCCUGGCGUGUUGGUCGAAACGAGAACGCACCACGAGCGGUAAAUUCAAUCAAACCUGACGAUAUGAGAUCAUCUGCUAAUUCGUCCUCGCCAGCAAUGGUAGCAGAUGGGGCCAACCUGACGGAAAGCCCGGCUGAUAUCCGCCCACCCGAAGUCCGGCAAACAAGCCAGCACUCUAUCCGACGCAAGCCUGUUGCGGCAACUUCGGCCCAGCAAGUUGUCCCACAGCUUCCUUCAGACGAUGCCCUGCUCUUAGCUAGAGCUCGGUCAUCAGACCGGGCGUCUGCGAGAUCCGCUUUCAACUAUGAUCGAGAUUCAUCGCCGGACUAUGCCAGCACCCGCAAAUCCGAAGACAAUAAGUCCGAAAGGUCUAUCCCACGCCCCAGAACUGGGGUCCUGAAGACCGUGGGGGAUCCUAGCAUCGUCACUGAUACUUCAGCAAGACCCAAGUCAGAUAUUCCCGAGAUUGACUUUGGCGUUACUCAGAGUUUGACACCAGGAACCAGCCGGCCGGGCACAGCUAUGGGAUUUGCCCUAGGUGGUAACGCGAGCGGUUCAGGCACGGGCGCCUCGCCGAGCGGGAGCCGACCAAUGACGCCAAUGGGUUUAGGGCAAAGUCCGGGCACUCCAGAGCGCAAGUCUCCUUUGAGAACACCUGAAGCCCUGGCUGAGGACAGGCGGUCGAACUAUUUUGGCUACCAGUCCCACUCACGCUCUCCGAGCUAUGCGUGGCAACCGGGGAUCGGUGCAGGUCGUCAAAGUCCUGGUCCGGCAUUGACUCCAGAGGAGUUCGUCCAGCAACGAGCCGCCGCUGCGCAACACCCGACUGGUUAUAUUCCUCAGCGGACCGCAUCGAUAAAUAGGAUUGAGCAUGUAGCAGUGCCCUCCCAAGCACCCAAAAAACUUCAGAAGAAGCGGGACUCGCGGCCAAGUUCUCGAAACUCGACUCACCUGCUAGACUACAGCUCUAAUCUCUCUGCCCGGGAGCAGGAGCACGUGGCAAGGAUGACUGGCGGGCCUCUGUUAAACAUGGGCGAUCGUACCAGGUCGCCCGAUCCCUCCGUUGGGCUAAUUGGAGCGAUUGAAGCACGAGAGCAGGAACGGAAAUAUAUCAAAGAAGGAGUCUCUGGCCACAUGGUACAAGCGGCCAUUGCCCAACGGCAACACCAUGCUCAGGCUCAGCAAUUCCAGGCCCAUCAGGAAGCCCAGCGGUCGUCAAUGUAUGGACAGCAAUUUCCCGGAUACGCACAGCAGUACGGCCAGCCUCAACAGCCUCAGUUCACAAGCUGGGGAGCUCCUAUCGAUCCUCAAUCAAAUUACCAGGUGUGGCAAGGCCAGGGCCAAGCUCCAGGACCACCGGCUCAACAAUGGCAGAACCCUCAACAGCAUCAGCAACAACAAAAGUAUGGAGGCUACUACUAA